AAAAUCUCUUUCCCGGCAGGUGUUGGCGGGCUGAGAAGAGUCUGACAGAGGAACGUAGUCGGCCAUCUUGGAAAGAGGAAAAUGUCUUCUUCACACACGGACAUCCAAACAAUUUACAACAUAACAGGUUACUAUUAUGGGCAUCAUCCAACAAACAGAAGUUUCUUACCCAAGCACGGAACAAGAAGACAAAGACAGCCCAACGCCUCAGUGCUCUCAGUUGGCUGAAGAUGCUCACUUAACAAGUGCAGACUUACAUGAGCACUACAGUUGUGAUCAGUGUGACAAGAAGUUUCAUGCCCAGGGUCACCUCAGAAGACACCAGCGCAUCCACACUGGGGAAAAACCCUUCAGUUGUGACCAGUGUGGGAAGAGUUUUAGUCAGAACCCCCACUUAAAAAGACAUCGCCUCAGCCACAGCGGCGUCAAACCACACAGAUGCCGCCAGUGUGGAAGGACAUUCAGUUUGAUGGACAACUUGAGAACUCAUCAGCUCCUACACAGAGGAGUCAAACCAUAUGCAUGUAGCCAGUGUGGGAAGGCUUUUAAUCAGAUGACCCACUUACAAACCCAUAAGAUGGUCCACAGCGGAGAUAAACCACACAUGUGUGAGGAGUGCGGAAAGACUUUUAUUCAGCCGGGCAACUUAAAAAGACAUAAACUGGUCCACAGUGGAGUUAAAGCGCACAAGUGUGACCUGUGCGGGAGGGCUUUUGCUUUGAAGGCGACUUUGGUGUCACACAAGCUGAUGCCGCAUGUGAGUAAUCCUGUGACCUUUCUGGACAAACCUCCAGCCACUAACCCCAGAAACACACCAACAGACACUGAUGUGUGAUCAGUGCAGCAGUUCAGUUUACACAAACUCGAGCUUAAAUCAACUCUACACUUACUGACCAUGAACCACACACCACUGUGACCAGUGUGACAAAGCCUAGAACCAGUUUAGAGGUAAUUCAACUGUGACAAACCACUGCGAAGAGCUCCACGUGGAAAAGACUGAAGAGCUCCCAUUGUAAGAUUUUUUUUUUUUUUUUUUUUUUUGUUUUCUUGUCCCUUCUGCACAUUUUUGCCACCAGAUUAACUUUGGUUGUUUGACUACUCUACUCUUCCUGGUAAGCUACCUGAAACACCUUUACCUUCAAGCACCCAGGAUACACUAGCUAUGAGCCAGGUCAGCUGGCUCUGAACCCCUCUAGAACAACCAGGCAUCUUACCAAAUCUCUAAAGGACAGUCCAGAUUUCCUUUGGAGGAAACUCGUGUCUGGAUAGUCUUGUGGGCGAAGUGAGGAUAGGAACACAGAUGCUUUUAAAACCCUGCAGAACCACCUUAGGUGCUAGUUUUCCUUGAAGCUCAACAUGUGGUGUAGGUAGAGAUGCUCUUUUGGUCAGUCAAGCUGUGAUGCUGCCAGCAGGAAAUGCUGCAGGAAACUCCGACUUACUUUGUCCUUGUUUUAGAAGCAGACUGGCACAGAUGAAAGUGGCCACGCUGAAAGAACGGUCAACAUAAACACCAGACACACACUGAUGUACUGUAAAGAAUGAGGAGCUGUAUCUCUAUACCAGGCUUGUUUAAAAGUUCAUGAAGUCAGCCAUGAACUUGGAGAUCAAGCUUUUUAGGACUCUUCUUGGAUUUAUCUUUGUGUCUGUGGUCUGAAGAACCGCUCAUUUCUGGAGUGAAACGGUGCAUUAGGUCAGUUUUUCCACAGUGCUUUAUUGGUCCUUUAUAUAUCAUAACAUGGAUGGGGAAACUCCCAGCGGGAGUAGUGGGUCAUUAAAUGUUACCUACUUUACAGGAAGUUUUUAUUUUUAUUUUUUAAAAUCUAAAUUACAAAGAAUUGUGCUCACUCAGACCCUCAUCCUGAUCAGUCGUAAAUAUGCAUAAAGUUAAAUUUGCGGUCCAGGGUUGGUGUGCUCACUGUUGUAGAUGCUGGAGGAGUGACAUGUUUUGGGAUUUUGCUUGAAAAGAUUAUAAAGUUGCAGGUGUUUGAAUAUUUGGUGUUUGUAUUUUGAUGCUAUGGAAAGUUUUCCCACUUUGUUAUUGAAUCACAGCAAGGAAACAAACGGUACAAAUAAUUCACGAAUGUUUUUAAUGUAAUGUCCUGGUGUUGAGGCAGGUCUGCAAGCUGCAUGUGACACAAAUCAAUGCAAUUUUUUUUUCUUUUAACGAGCUGAUGUGUAUAAAAGAUUUGUUACUGGUAAUACGGCAAAACUUUAUUCUAGCUUUUAAAUGUUCGAGUUAAACCACGUGAAAUAAUGGUGGAAUGGUGUUACAUCUGGGAGACACAAAUGCAACGUUUUUGGACAACUUGGUUUCUGUUGGGUUUAUAAAAUGUAGUGAGGAUGAACUGUAAAACAUUAUUACAAGCAGUAUCAGAUCUACAUGAGUGUUAAAUAGAUUUCAAAAUAAAAUCCUUUUAAACGA